CCUGGCCGCCAGUUCUGUCAAUCCCACAACCUGGAGUACCUCACCGGCCGGGUGUGGGUUGGCCUCUGGCUGGUGGUCUUCGUCCUUGCUCUGGUGGCCGCCGAGGGCAGCUUCCUGGUCCGCUACAUCUCGCCUUUCACCCAGGAGAUCUUCGCCUUCCUCAUUUCUUUCAUUUUCAUCUACGAGACCUUCCACAAGCUCUACAAGGUGUUCACGGAGCACCCACUGCUGCCAUUCUACCCCCCUGAGGGGGCAUUGGAGGCCAGGCUGGACCUGAAUGGGAGUGUUCUGCCGCCCACUGAGGGGCCACCAGGCCCAAAGAACCAGCCCAACACGGCUCUGCUGUCCCUCAUCCUCAUGCUUGGGACCUUCCUCAUUGCCUUCUUCCUGCGCAAGUUCAGGAAUAGCCGCUUCCUGGGUGGCAAGGCUCGCCGCAUCAUCGGGGAUUUCGGCAUCCCAAUCUCCAUUCUGGUGAUGGUCCUGGUGGAUUACUCCAUUACAGACACCUACACACAGAAGCUGACAGUGCCGACGGGGCUCUCGGUGACCUCCCCCGAUAAGCGCACAUGGUUCAUCCCACCUCUGGGCAGUGCCCGUCCUUUCCCGCCCUGGAUGAUGGUGGCAGCUGCUGUCCCUGCCCUCCUGGUCCUCAUCUUGAUCUUCAUGGAGACACAGAUUACUGCGCUCAUUGUCAGUCAGAAGGCACGGAGGCUGCUCAAAGGCUCCGGCUUCCACCUGGACCUGCUUCUCAUCGGCUCCCUGGGGGGACUCUGCGGGCUGUUUGGGUUGCCAUGGCUCACGGCUGCCACCGUCCGCUCAGUCACCCAUGUCAAUGCACUGACCGUUAUGCGCACUGCCAUUGCGCCUGGAGACAAGCCCCAGAUCCAGGAGGUGCGGGAGCAGAGGGUCACCGGCGUGCUCAUCUCCAGCCUUGUGGGCCUGUCCAUCGUCAUGGGGGCUGUGCUGCGCCAGAUCCCACUGGCUGUGCUCUUUGGGAUUUUCCUGUACAUGGGGGUCACGUCGCUGUCUGGUAUCCAGCUGUCCCAGCGCCUGUUGCUCAUCUUCAUGCCAGCAAAACACCACCCCGAGCAGCCCUAUGUGACCAAGGUGAAGACGUGGCGGAUGCACCUGUUCACCUGCAUCCAGCUGGGCUGCAUCGCAUUGCUCUGGGUGGUGAAGUCCACGGCGGCCUCGCUCGCCUUUCCCUUCCUGCUGCUGCUCACGGUGCCUCUGAGGCGUUGCCUUCUGCCCCGGCUUUUCCAGGACAGAGAGCUGCAGGCGCUGGACUCGGAAGAUGCUGAACCAAACUUCGACGAGGACGGCCAGGAUGAGUACAACGAGCUGCACAUGCCUGUGUGAUCCUCCGACACGGUGCCCCUCAGAGACCCCACAUCGUAGUGACUGACACCUGGGCCCCAUCAGAGCCCAGCCCCAGGGCCAGCGGGCUCCUCAUGACCCAAAGAACCACUACUGAUACCAUGGCCAGAGGGGCCCCCUGACUCUGCCCAAGGCUCUGACCUUGUCUCACCCAGGCGCUUUCACAGACCAGACGGGCACAGGCUUUGAGAUCAUUAUAACCACACCCCUU